UGUCACGCGCUGGUAAGGAGCUUGGCCUUUUUAUAAUACCAAGGGACAUAACUCGUCCCAUUUCGUCCUUUUUGACUCAAUUGAACAAAUUCGCCGGUCUCAAAGCUAACAAUGGGUGUAGAGAAAGAAGUACUUGCACCUGGCGAUGGUCAAAACUUUCCCAAGAAGGGGGACAAGGUUUCCAUGCAUUAUACAGGAACUUUGACGAAUGGCAAAAAGUUCGACUCUUCACGGGAUCGAGGAAAGCCUUUUGAAUGCAAAAUUGGCGUAGGACAAGUUAUUAAAGGUUGGGAUGAAGGUGUUGUUACUAUGUCCCUAGGUGAACGGGCUAAGCUGACCAUCUCUCCGGAAUAUGGCUACGGAGCAGCGGGUGCGGCUGGUGUUAUUCCACCCAAUGCUACCUUGAUAUUCGACGUGGAGCUACUUAAAAUUAACUAGGUCCGGCCAAGAGGGACAAACACGGCCAGUAGCAACCGGUCGCCGCAUAUUCUGUGUUUUGAUGUCGUCAUCUCUACUAUCAACAUUGGAUUAUCUGCAGCUGUCACCAUUGUAACCAAACCUCAUUUCUACUUUCAAAAUAGUUCCACAAUAUGCCAGCUCAAUGAACUGUUGACCUUUCCACCAAUCCAGUCACAAUGUUUAAUUUCAAUCUAUUCCAAAAACUUUUAAUUUAUUAUUUGUAAAUCUAUUUUGAAUUUUUAAGUUGAAACCAGUACUGGAUAUCAGUUUUUAAGUACUUCUUCAUUUUCUGUGAAAGUGAUGUGAAGAGAUUAGCUGUGUACUCUGCAGUAGCCUUGGCAACACUGUCUUAUACUCUUCUUUCUCAAUAAAAUCUUGAAUACUUGAAA